AUGUCACCGAAACAGAGAGCACACCUGUCUAGAUCCGCUGGUCUGAAGAUGCUCGCGGUAGUCUCCCUAGUCAUCGGUAUCUUGCUGGCGUUAGCUACACCAUCAGGAGCAACAUUCCAGAAGGACUGCCUCGCUCUCACGCCCCAGUCUACAGUCAUCAAUUCAACUGCACAACAGCUAACCCUUGUGGAGUCGGGUACCAACCUCACCUUUCCAACACAAGAUGCAUCAUGCAACCGAGGAAGUCAAGUGGUGCGAGCAAACCUAUGCCGGGUCUCAAUGAACAUCACGACCUCCGAUAGAUCUGAAAUUGCCGCUGAAAUAUGGCUGCCUGAGAAAUGGAAUGGGCGGAUGGUGACGGUUGCUGGCGGAGGGCUCGAUGGAUGCGUUCACUACGAAGACCUUGCGUACGCCACUGCUCAUGGCUUUGCCGCCGUCGGUACGAACAAUGGACAUGCUGGAACCACUGGUGUACAAUUCCUUAAUAAUGAUGAUGUUGUUACCGAUUUUUCGUAUAGAGCUAUUCACAUCGGCGUUCUCGCCGGAAAGAGUCUUCUCAAGUCUCUCUAUAAGCGCAAGCUUACGGGCUCGUACUUCUUGGGAUGUUCUCUCGGGGGACGCCAAGGCGUGCAGGCAGCAGACAUGUAUCCCGAAGACUUUGACGGCAUCGUCGCGGGCGCACCGGCGGUGGACUUCAACAACCUCUAUUCAUGGCGGGCCGGCUUCUUCCCCCUCACCGGGCCUGUCGACUCCAAGGACUUCAUUACCCCAACCGUCUGGAUGACGACCAUUCACGAUGAGGUUCUCAGGCAAUGCGACAAGAUUGAUGGCGUUGAAGACGGCAUUAUCGAGGAUCCCAGCCUUUGCAAUUUUGAUCCUGGGACUAUCCUGUGUAAAUCAGACAGCAGCAACACCAAAUGUCUCACCAGCGCACAGGUCGACAUUGUGAGAAAGAUCUUCAGCCCGACCAACUAUACCGACGGCGAGCUAUUCUGGCCAGCCAUGAAUCCUGGCAGCGAGAUACUCACUGCAGACGGACUGUAUAGUGGUAAACCAUUUGCUCUUUCUCAAAACUGGUUUCGUUAUGCGAUUUACAAUGAUCCGAACUGGGACCCUGCUACCUAUACGCUCGGAAAGGAUGGCAUCUUUGCCGAAAAGCGGAACCCCGGCAACAUCAAGACGUACCCCCGCGAUUUAUCUGCAUUCAAGAGGAGAGGAGGCAAGCUAUUGAUGUACCAUGGCCAGCAGGAUCAGCAGAUAACUAGCUUCCACACGCCCAUUUUCUAUGACCGCUUGGCAAAAGGCAUGCAUCUGAACUCUUCUGGAAUGGAUCACUUCACCCGCUUCUUCCGCAUCUCGGGUUUAUACCAUUGCACGACGGGGCCUGGGGCCUGGCUGGUGGGUCAGGGAGGUAGCGGUGGCAACUCCGCCGUCAUUAGCGAUAGUCUCCCUUUCAAUAGGACUUACAACGUCCUUGCUGCCAUUGUUGACUGGGCCGAGGGUGGGAUCGCUCCGGAAACCAUCACAGGGACCAAGUUCCUCAAUGAUAGCGUUGAUCUGGGGGUAGACUUUCAACGCCGGCAUUGCAGGUACCCAUUGCGGAACACAUACCGGGGCGAUGGUCUGGAUCCUAAACUCCCGGACAGUUGGCAUUGUGUGUAG